GACUUCAUUCUCAGCAAAGCAGCCUAUGCUAAUCUUGCUAAGCAACCUAAUAUGGCUAAGCAAUUGUUUGCUAAAGGAGUGGUUGAAAUAGAAUAUAGUAGAGUUUCUUGCAAAAUUGGAGGAAAUCUCAUGCUUAAAAUCAAUAAAUAUAGCAAGUACCGUCACUACCUCGCUAUAGUAGUUAUGAACCAAGGUGGUGUCACUGACAUUCUUGAUGUCGAAGUUUACGAGGAGGAAACAAAACAAUGGUUAUCAAUGAGGAGGGCUUAUGGAGCUGUGUUCGACCUGACAAGCCCACCAAGUGGUGAUCUUAACGUGAGAUUCCUCACAAGUGAUGGUAAUGAAAUCAAAUGGGUGCAGUCUAACAAGGCUGUAAUCCCUGCUGAAUGGAAAGCUGGGAUUACUAUUGAGACAGACAUUCAGCUCUCUUAGACCAAAAAAUAUAUAGAAGUAUGAUACAACAUAUAUCUGUAUCUAAUGACUUAUUAGUGCUACUUGGUGAUGUCUCGGCAAUCAGUUUACCGAAUAAAUUUUAGAUUAGUCGCAUAUUAGGAAUCACCCACCGUGUGCACAAGAUGCUUAAAUCGUUCUUCGUUCUCUAAUAUAUAGCAUAAUGUUGUUUGGUUUAACGAUCUUAUUGAGUUAUCAUGGCUUAUGUUCUUGUAAUUUGUUCUCUAAUAG